UUGGGAAAGAGCUUCGCACACGCUGCGCUCCGGGUUGCCCGAUACAAUGCCAUCAAUCCCUGCUGAAACUGAAAUGGAUAAAAUGACUUGCACUCAUGUUUCGGUUGACUGCAUACCCAAUGGAAUCUUGGAGAAGGAAUCUUAUAGUUCGCCAGAAAAGGAGAGGAAGUGGAUCAGGCCUGAUGCCAUCAGCAAGUGUACCUGGGAGCUUGGAAAAUCUCCUUCUGAAUCACCCCAUCACCAUGCUACAUUAACAAAGACUUCAAAAAUUAUGCCGGAUAUCCUGAAAAACAUUGGAGAUACUCCCAUGGUGCGUAUCAACAAGGUUGGAAAGUUAUGCGGCCUCAAAUGUGAACUCUUGGCCAAAUGCGAGUUUUUCAAUGCUGGAGGCAGUGUGAAAGACCGAAUCAGCUUACGAAUGGUGGAAGAUGCUGAAAGGGAUGGGAUUCUUAAGCCAGGAGAUACCAUUAUUGAACCAACUUCAGGAAAUACAGGAAUUGGACUGGCCUUGGCAGCUGCAGUGAAAGGAUACCGUUGUAUUAUUGUAAUGCCAGAGAAAAUGAGCAUGGAAAAGGUGGAUGUACUACGUGCUCUUGGGGCUGAAAUUGUGAGGACUCCAACAACUGCUAGAUUUGAUUCUCCAGAAUCACAUGUUGGAGUGGCAUGGAGAUUGAAAAAUGAAAUUCCCAACUCCCAUAUCCUGGAUCAGUACCGCAAUGCCAGCAACCCCUUGUCUCAUUAUGACACAACAGCAGAGGAGAUUCUUCAACAGUGUGAAGGUCAAGUAGACAUGAUUGUGGCUGGAGCUGGCACAGGAGGCACCAUCAGUGGUAUUGCCCGAAAAAUCAAGGAAAAGUGCCCUGGAUGCACAAUUGUAGGUGUUGAUCCUGAAGGAUCUAUUCUAGCGGAGCCUGAAAAAUUAAACAUAACUGACAAGACAACUUAUGAAGUGGAAGGUAUUGGAUAUGAUUUCAUACCCACAGUUCUGGAUAGAUCGGUGGUAGACAAAUGGUAUAAGUGUAACGAUAAGGAAUCUUUUACCUUCUCACGCAUGCUAAUCAGAGAAGAAGGACUGCUAUGUGGUGGCAGCUCAGGAAGUGCCAUGUCUGUUGCCGUCAAGGCAGCCCAAGAGCUAAAAAAAGGCCAGCGUUGUGUUGUCAUCCUUCCUGACUCUGUCAGGAACUACAUGUCUAAGUUUUUAAGUGACAAAUGGAUGAUCCAAAGAGGAUUCAUGAAAGAAGAGGAUGAUGAUAUUAAGAAGCCUUGGUGGUGGCAUGUGAAAAUUCAGGAACUAUGCCUGUCCGCCCCCCUAACUGUACUGCCAAGUGUUACCUGCGAAAAGACUAUUGAAAUACUCAAAGAGAAGGGAUUUGACCAAGUACCAGUUGUGGAUGAAUCUGGACUGAUUCUGGGGAUGGUUACUCUCGGCAAUAUGCUCUCUUCAGUGCUUGCUGGUAAAGUACAGCCUUUGGAUAAAGUCAGCAAAGUCAUCUACAAGCAGUUCCAAACGAUUCAUUUGCAGGACAACUUAGGAAAGCUCUCUCAUAUUUUGGAAAUAGAUCAUUUUGCUCUGGUGGUACACGAACAGAUUCAAUAUCACAGUGAUGGUGAAUCUAGUAAAAAGCAAAUGGUGUUUGGUAUUGUUACGGCAAUUGACUUGCUGAACUUUGUGACUGCUGAGGAACAGAAGAGAAAGACAACCUAAGUUCAAGAAACACAUCAAUGGGGCUCGUUUCAUUGGCUUUUCACAUUAAAAAAAUCUCUCUCUUCUUCUUCUUUGCUUCUUUUGUUAGAACAAUCUAGAAAAAAAUCCUUUUGGACAAAAUGAGAGUCAUUAUAAACCAUUGUUAGCUUUUAAAAGGUAAUUUCUGGAAUGUAGCAAGCACACUGAAAUAUAAGGACACUGGGAAGUUUUAGGAUGAAUAGUUUCAGUGAAGAAUUGCUUUGUUUGCACAUACAGGUUGUGAAGGCACAGCUGAGUUGGAGAGGACUAAGGCCUGAAUGAUCAAGCCAUCAUAAUAGGAUGGCUAUGUGACAGCUUCCCAAAGCCCACUGCUAAUCCUGCUUCCACAUUAUGGUGUGGUCUAGAAAGUCUUCCAUUUCUUACACUGUACUGUUUUGCAGCCUAGAAUGGUAGAUAACCUUAAUCUUUUAGAACUUGACCACUGUCAAACAUAUUGGCUGUCUUCUAGUGCACGAAAGAAAACACAACCACUUCCUAACCCAAUAUUCAUAAAGGAAUUGUCUUCGUGUGUAUCAAGAGGUUGAAAUAUAAAAUUACAUGAGCGAUAGGGAAUGUGGUAUGAAAACAUCUUCUCCAUUAUGAUUAUUUUAAGCUCUUUUUACAGAUGCUAGUUUAUCCAGAUGUUUCUGCUGAAUUCGAUAUUCCAACCCUCAACAUUAAGAUGACAAAACAUCCUUUAUUCUCCCUAUUUACUUUCUGAAUUCUUAAUAGCAAUGCCCUUCCUUAUUCUGGUUAAAUUAUUGGUGCAAGGGGAAGUAAGUAAUUGCUUUGACAGUUAGUAAAAAAUGAGGGGGGAAAUUCUUUAACUGGUACAUGCUGUUUCUUCUCUGUAUACAUUGUGUAUAAUCAAAGAUAAUUUUGUGUACUUGAAAUACUACCAGCUCAUAGCCCAGCCUCUGGCAGCAUCAGAAAACACUGUAUUUUCUCUACUGUUAAAUAUUCUAAUGUUCUAUUAAAUCUAUUGUUGGCUAACUUGAUUACUAAUAUAUUUGUUCCACAAAGACCAAAUCAGAAUAUUUAAUAUUAAAGUAUUAUAUCGGCACAUUAUUUUAACUGUCCAGCAUCACAUUGGCCAAUAAUUGUUAUCUCUGCUUUGUUUAUGGGUAUGCUAUGUUACUUUAAAUGAAACUUGUUUAGCUGGUCUUAAUAGGGAAUAACUGCAAACAAAUUUAGCUGUUUUCUGAUUCUUUUGGUAGUCUCCUUUAAUGCAGGAUUUUUUUUCUUUUCUGGCUUACUUUAACCUCUACUGGAAGUUUUAAAGAAGUGUGCUACCUGUAUUAAUACUGUACUUUCUCUAGUCUCUUGUUUCAUUGCAGAAAAAUAUUGACACAAAUCAAGGACCCAGUUAUCUGUACAGAAGUUUCCUGCAUGUGUAUGGAAUUCACAUUAUGAUAUAAAACCACUAAAAGGCUACUGUAAUAUUAUAAAUGAUGAAUUACUAUUUGGUCUCAAAAAUAUUGCUCAGCAUUCAGCAUUCCAGUAAGCAUUUCUGGUUCUUUAGGACCAUGAAAGGGUCUUCUGUCUGUUUUUAAAGUUUGGAUUCUGUGUCAUGUUUAUUCCAAAUUUACUACAAAUAAUUAAAUAAAUGUUUUGAUAAGCU